AUGGCUAGUGGUCAAGCCGAUUAUAUUAAGAAAGGAAUUGCUUUUGCUGAUAUAGCUACAAAAGAAGAUGAACAAAAAAAUUAUAAAAAAGCAUCUGAAAAUUAUAUGUCCGCUGCAGAAUGGCUUCUGCUAGCAAAAAAACAUGGAAACAUGAAUGAAGACACAAAAGUGAUGAUUACUAAAAAAGCUGAAAGUUAUAUCAAUCGAGCAGAACAGAUUAAAAAACUGCUCUUUAGUGAAGGUAGCAAAAAGAAAGCAGUUGCUGAAGGUGGCAGCGGUGGAAAUAAAAAAAAUGGAGACGAUGACGAUGAAGUUGAUCCAGAAAAGAAAAAAAUGGCCCAAAAAUUUGCGGGCUCCAUUGUUUCUGAGACAAAAGUUUCAUUUAACGAUGUCGUUGGCUUAGAUCAGGCCAAAGAAGCUCUGAAAGAAGCUGUUAUAUUACCAAUCAAAUUUCCACAGUUAUUUACCGGUAACAGAAAACCGUGGGCUGGAAUAUUGCUGUACGGACCACCUGGCACUGGAAAGUCUUAUUUAGCGAAAGCGAUAGCGACUGAAUGUAAAAGUACAUUUAUAUCUGUCAGCUCAGCGGAUUUAUUAUCAAAAUGGCUUGGAGAAAGUGAAAAAUCCGUUCGAUAUG